AUGAUUGACCAAUAUAAACAUCAACAACUUCAAAUUGGACUCGUUUCCCCUCAACAAAUAAAGGCUUGGGCUAACAAAAACCUACCUAAUGGAGAAGUCGUUGGCGAAGUCACAAGGCCCUCUACUUUUCAUUAUAAAACCGAUAAACCAGAAAAAGAUGGAUUGUUUUGCGAAAGAAUCUUUGGACCCAUAAAAAGCGGGAUUUGCGCUUGUGGCAAUUCUCGAGCGAGCGGAGCUGAAAACGAAGACGAAAGAUUUUGCCAAAAAUGCGGGGUCGAAUUUGUGGAUUCUCGGAUACGAAGAUAUCAAAUGGGAUACAUCAAACUCGCAUGUCCCGUGACUCAUGUGUGGUAUUUGAAAGGUCUUCCUAGUUAUAUCGCGAAUCUUUUAGAUAAACCUCUUAAGAAGUUGGAGGGCCUAGUAUACGGCGAUUUCUCUUUUGCUAGGCCCAGCACUAAAAAACCCACUUUUUUACGAUUACGAGGUUUAUUCGAAGAGGAAAUUGCAUCCUGUAACCACAGCAUUUCUCCCUUUUUUUCUACCCCAGGCUUUGCAACAUUUCGAAAUCGGGAAAUUGCGACAGGAGCAGGUGCUAUUAGAGAACAAUUAGCAGAUUUGGAUUUGCGAAUUAUUAUAGAGAAUUCUUUGGUCGAAUGGAAGGAAUUAGAAGACGAGGGGUAUAGUGGAGAUGAGUGGGAAGAUAGAAAAAGACGAAUAAGAAAAGUUUUUUUGAUUAGACGCAUGCAAUUGGCGAAACAUUUUAUUCAAACAAAUGUAGAACCAGAAUGGAUGGUUUUGUGCUUAUUACCGGUUCUUCCUCCCGAAUUGAGACCUAUUGUUUAUAGGUCUGGAGAUAAAGUAGUGACUUCAGACAUUAAUGAACUUUAUAAGAGAGUUAUCCGUCGGAACAACAAUCUUGCCUAUCUAUUAAAAAGAAGUGAAUUAGCGCCAGCAGAUUUAGUAAUGUGCCAGGAAAAAUUGGUACAAGAAGCCGUGGAUACACUUCUUGAUAGUGGGUCCCGCGGGCAACCGACGAGGGAUGGUCACAAUAAAGUAUACAAAUCACUUUCAGAUGUAAUUGAAGGUAAAGAGGGAAGGUUUCGCGAGACUCUGCUUGGGAAACGGGUCGAUUACUCGGGGCGUUCUGUCAUUGUUGUGGGUCCUUCGCUUUCAUUACAUCAAUGUGGAUUACCUCUAGAGAUAGCAAUAAAGCUUUUUCAGCUAUUUGUAAUUCGCGAUUUAAUCACGAAACGCGCCACUUCUAAUGUAAGGAUUGCUAAAAGGAAAAUUUGGGAAAAAGAACCCAUUGUAUGGGAAAUACUUCAAGAAGUUAUGCGGGGACAUCCUGUACUGUUAAAUAGAGCACCUACCCUGCAUAGAUUAGGCAUACAGGCCUUUCAACCCACUUUAGUAGAGGGGCGUACUAUUUCUUUACACCCAUUAGUGUGUAAGGGUUUCAAUGCGGACUUUGAUGGAGAUCAAAUGGCUGUUCAUCUACCUUUAUCCUUGGAAGCUCAGGCAGAAGCCCGUUUACUUAUGUUUUCUCAUAUGAAUCUCUUAUCUCCCGCUAUUGGGGAUCCUAUUUGCGUACCAACCCAAGACAUGCUUAUCGGGCUUUAUGUAUUAACGAUUGGAAAGCGUCGAGGUAUUUGUGCAAAUAGAUAUAAUAGUUGCAGAAACUACCCAAAUCUAAAAGUAAAUUACAAUAAUAAUAAUAAUUUUAAAUAUAGGAAAGAUAAAGAACCCCAUUUUUCUAGUUCUUAUGAUGCACUGGGAGCUUAUAGACAAAAACUAAUCAGUUUAGAUAGUCCCUUGUGGCUACGAUGGAACCUGGAUCAACGCGUCAUUGGGUCAAGAGAAGUUCCGAUUGAAGUUCAAUAUGAAUCUUUGGGGACUUAUCAUGAGAUUUAUGCCCACUAUCUAAUAAUGGGAAAUAGAAAAAAAGAAAUUCGUUCGAUAUACAUUCGAACCACUCUUGGUCAUAUUUCUUUUUAUAGAGAAAUAGAGGAAGCCAUACAAGGAUUUAGUCAGGCCUAUUCAUACACUACCUAA